GUGUAAAAUUGAGUCAAAAUCAAAAAGAAACUGUAAAAAAAUGUUGUUAAACAUCGCGAGCUUUCCUCCAGUGACAGAAAAACUUUGUUUCGCGACGAUAGAAGAAAUAUGACGAAGGCCAUUCCCAGUUAAAUACCCGCUACAGUUUCGAUUAUUUUGUAUAGGCAACCCAACAUACAUACAUGUAAAAGUGUUUGCAUAAUAUAUAUUUCUUAGGUCUUAAGUUAAAGAUAUAUAACAAUUACAUUUCUUGUUUAUAUGAAACAAAUUAUAUCAAAUCAGAUAAAGUUUGUGGUAAUUGUAUUAAAAUUACGAAUAAUUAUUAUUCAAUAACAGAUUUCGGUUUAAAAACGUUAUACAGUCAACAUAAACCGCGAUGACUUUCUCUUUAGUUUUCAUAAUUGAUAAAAGCAAUUUUUUUUCACAAAAAUGAUUACGAAAUACUUGGAAUCGAACACCAUAACCUUUGCAAUGUUCAGCAGAGAAAGUAAUAUUUCGAUCGAACUCAAUGUAGACAUGGUACACGUAUUGAUAUGAAAAACGUGAAUAACAAAAAUAACAAACCGAAAACCAGUUAGGUAUAAAUAUAAUAAACUGAAUAUCGACAAAAAUAGUGUUAUUUUAAUUAUUGUUAACAUCCAUUAAGUUGAUCAAUAACGUUGACGUAUUUAAAUGCAAAGUUCCCUCCUUAAUGAAAAAAAAAAUAUUAAAUAUUCUUGAAAUUUUUAUCGUUCGUUAUUUGCGGUUUUGCUUCGAAAACAAAAAGUGAUCACAUCUGCUUAAAUAAACAUGUCUGCUGAAAUUGGUUAUAAGAAACUCCUACCUGAACUUGCCCCAAGUCUGCUUUCCGUUAUGGAAAAGCUCCCCACGGUAAAGUUGGGGGAUUACGUGCUGCAAUUCGAAAUUGACGAAUUAAGACCGGAAGUACAAGAAAUCGCUAGGAAAGAACUGAAUGAAAAUCCGGACACUAAAAGGGAAGCUAUAGCAACACUACGAGAUCUUUUAAAAGAGGAAAAAGACCUUAAAGUACCAUUAGAUAACGACCUUUGGUUAGUGAGAUUUUUGAGACCAUGUAAAUUCUAUCCUGAAAGCGCCCGUGAUUUGAUUAAGAGAUAUUAUAAAUUUAAAGUAACGCACGCCGAUGUUUACGACGGUUUGAUGCCCAGUAAAGAGAAGAAUAUUUUCGAACAAAAUAUUUUAACAGUACAACCGAAUAGAGAUCAAUUUGGUAGAAGAAUUUUAAUUAUAGAAUUAGGAAAAAAAUGGAAAACGGAUGAAGUGACAUUAGACGAAGUAUACAAAGGUUGUGUGUUGUUCCUCGAAGCGGCCAUGUUGGAACCGGAAACACAAGUAUGCGGCGCCAUUGUUAUUUUCGAUAUGCUCGGUUUGACUUUAUCACAAACGACUAAAUUCACACCCGGAUUCGCCAAAAGAAUCGUCGAUUGGCUUCAGGACAGCAUGCCUUUAAGGUUAAAAAAUAUCCACAUCGUGAAUCAACCUUAUAUUUUCAAAAUAGUUUUCGCAUUUUUCAAACCUUUCCUUAGGGAAAAAUUGAGAAGCCGUAUCAUCUUCCACGGUACAGAUCGCAAAUCGUUACAGCAAUACAUAAGCCCCAAAUGCUUGCCUGAAUGUUACGGGGGUACUUUAGAUUUACCAAGAAUAAACGGUAACCAAUGGUACGAACUGUUGGUUAUGUGCGAUCAAGAAUACACCGCGAUCAAUUCAUAUGGUUAUAACAAAAAGGGAGAAUUGUAAAUCGAAAUAGAAGAAGAGAAGCCAUCCAUCUUGCUAUAACACCUACUGUCGAUUAUUAUAAAUUUUUUUGUAAAAAUGUUGCCAGUUUUUGAUAUGGUUAGCUCUAAAUAUUUUUUUCAAUGUUAUACAAUUUUAAAUUAAUGAACACACUAUUUAACCUGAUAAAAAAAGUUUUUCCCUCGUCCAGGGAAAGUUAAAUCCUACUGGAAAAUGUUCCUGAUACUCCAAACUGUUUAUUAUAUCGAUUUUUGAACAAAUUUUUUUGUUUCUCUAUUAACAGAGUCCUUGCGUUGGUUCAACUCGGUUCUUAUUAGCUUUUCAUGACUUUCCUGGAUAAUAAUUAGUAUCAGAUAUGUUCAUUACCCUCUUAACAAGCGAAAUUAACUUUUCGAUUUCGCUUUUGGUACUAAAAAUUUUAGAAUAUUAGAAUUGGUAUCUAUUUCUUCAGUUUUUUAUCUGAUCAUCUCACAUUUUAAGUAGUACAAGCACCAGAAUCAGAUCCUGGUGUUGUUCUACAACUUCUAUCUUCAUUUUGUGCUGCUUCUUGUUUCAUAAAAGCUUCCAAUUAUUGGAAAGAAACGUUUUUACCAAUUCUUUCAUUUGUUAAAACGGUUUCUUUUCUUAUUGUGAACCUAGCUAUAGGUAGUAAAGGAGCUUUCUAUCGCCGCGGAGCUCGCAGGAUAAUAAAAGAAGUGCAACUUCUCUGCCUAACCGCACUUUGAGAUCAUGGUAAAGGUUAGAUGUUUGGGGUAUUCAAAUAUGUCCGAUUGUGAUUAGAGUCUAAUAAAGUAAAAAAUUUUGGAGGAUACUUACUUUUUGCACCCUUUUUUCUUGAUAAAAUCUCGGUUUUAUGUAUUUUUCUUCGAGGAAAGAACCUACAGCACACGACAAAUUCAGUACAAGAAAUU